AUGACAUCCUUCCACAGUGCUGCUGGAAGCUGUCAGGAGACCACGCCGCUCGUGGCCAAGACGCAGCAUAACCCGAUGAAUCUGUAUCUACUCACACUCUGUUCUACCAUCGGCGGAUUCUUGUUCGGCUACGACACGGGUGUUAUCUCCGGGGCGUUGGUGCUACUCAAAGGGCCAACGGGGUUCAAUCUGACCGAUCUACAGAGUGAGAGUGUCGUUUCUGCUGCGGUCUUUGGGGCCAUUGCUGGGGCUGCUCUCAGCUCGUGUGGUAAUCACAUGCUGGGACGCCGCCCAGUCAUCUUGCUGUCAUCGGCCAUGUUUGCCAUUGGCUCCUGUUUAAUGGCUACGGCGGAGACUUUUAUCGAGUUACUGUUCGGUAGGCUCGUGGUCGGAGUGGCAAUUGGCUUCGCAUCGAUGACAGUACCGCUUUACAUUGCAGAGGUGUCACCCCCGGAUAUUCGCGGUCGAUUGGUGUCGCUCAACACCGCACUAGUGACCGGUGGACAGUUCUUUUCGGGGGUUCUAGAUGCUCUGCUGGCGGAUAUGGACAACGGAUGGAGAUAUAUGCUCGGACUGGCAGCAAUUCCUGCGCUUGUGCAGUUUUUUGGGUUCCUGCUGUUGCCUGAGAGUCCGCGAUAUCUGAUCAGUAAGGGGAAAAUGGAGGAAGCAUGGACAGCACUGAAACAGAUCCGAGGAACUGAUGAUAUUCAGACGGAAGUUACUCACAUUGAGGCCGAGAUUGUGCGUGCCGAAGAGGAAAAUGUGAAUAUCUGGGGUGCCAUUCGUUCUCCUGUUGUGCUUCGGGCAUUGGGACUUGGCUGCUUCCUGCAGGCUCUUCAACAGCUCUGCGGGAUCAAUACGGUAAUGUAUUAUGGAGCUACAAUUAUUCAGCUCGCAGGCUUUACCGAACCAACUACCGCCAUUUGGCUGUCGGCGCUCGUGUCAUUCAGCAAUUUCACCUUUACUUUCGUGGGUAUUUACCUGGUGGACCGCAAAGGCCGACGAUUGCUCACUCUCGGCAGUUUAAUCGGCAUUUUUUUGUCGCUCACGGCACUUGGAGCGAGCUUCUACGCCGCCGAGUUGCGAUCAGUGGAAGCUGCUGGCUUCGGUGAGUGCUCCCAGUUUUCAACUUGCUUGGACUGCAUUGCCAGUACGACGUGUGGAUUCUGUUUGGAAGGGAGAGCAUCGGAGGCAGCAGCUGUGACAGAGAAUCUGUGUCUGUCUGGAACUCUGACAUCAACAAUCCACGGAUCGUGUACAAAGCCGAAUUGGAGCUUCGAAUCGUGUCCGUCUGAUAGCCACACUGCUGGGUGGGUAGUGUUUGUGACUCUAUUCAUCUAUUUAGCAUGCUUUGCCAGUGGCAUGGGCUGCAUGCCCUGGACCAUCAACGCGGAAAUCUACCCUCUGCAUGUCCGCAGCUUUGCUCUGAGCAUCGCUACAUCGGUGAACUGGUUGUUCAAUCUGUUUGUAUCAUUUACAUUCCUCACCGUUGUGGAUACGUUUGAGCCGUACGGUGCUUUUUGGCUGUAUGCAUCUUUCGCACUCCUCGGACUUGCCUACUUGUGGAGGAGGCUACCAGAAACGAAAGGACUGGAGCUCGAAGAAAUCCAGGGUAUCUUCGAGAAGCAGGAAACAUACAAAAAGCGAUAG